UUCCGUUUUCUUCUUUCCUCCCUAAACAACAGCAUUGCAGACAGGUCAGCAUUACCAGUUCAAACUGACACACCCCAUAACCAAAAAUUCAACUCGUUUUACCAUUACCUUCUUCAUCCUUGUUCCCUCUUUUCUCUAAAACCCUGAAUUGAUCUUCACUCAUUCAUCUCCAAAUCCAUUUCAAAAACUCCUGCAAUUUGCACAGGAUUACGCCACCAAAAAUGAAGGAUCCGUCGCCGUCUAUGGUGUACGUGCCGCCACACCAGCGGCUCAGGUCAGUGAUCACCGUUCCUUCUCCAGAUUCUCCCCCCAAUGGCUCACCGUCUCCAUUUCGCAGCAGAUGUUACGACAGUCAUCAAGCUCUUACUUCAAGCCCUAGCCCUAAUUUUGAUGCUAGAAUCGGUAUUAAUAAUCAGAAUCAAAGUGGUGGAAUUGGACAUUUUCAGUUCAUUCAACAGCGGAAUGUUUCUCCUUCUCCUAAUCCUAAGCAACAGAGGAGGGAAAUUUGGAAUGGGAAUACCAAUAGUUUUCACUAUAAGUUCUACAGUCAGCCGAAGAGUAACUUGGUUCAGUAUGAUCGCCAAUUUAGUGAUUCCCAACGAAGUUCGGUCGUCGACGAGGUUUCCAAAGAAGGGUCUGACCGCGAAUUCAAGGAGUUUGAGCCUUUUUAUUCUCCUGGGUUUCAGUGUGCUGCAUUUGCUGAUAAUGUGGAGCAGUGGAAAUGGAAGUUAAACAUGCUUCUACGAGACAAGGAUAAGCAAGAAUUGACAUCCAGGGAGAAAAAGGACCGACGUGACUUUGAACAAAUAGCAGCUAUGGCGAAUAAAAUGGGGUUAUAUAGCCAUUCGUAUGUGAAAGUAGUUGUAUUUAGUAAGAUCCCACUGCCGAACUACAGAUUUGAUCUUGAUGAGAAGCGUCCCCUGAGAGAGGUUGCAGUUGAUUGUAGUUUGCAAAGGAGAGUGGAUGCUUAUCUUGCUGACUACCUUUCUCAUAAAUCUAAGAGUGUAAAUGUUUUACAAGUUAAUGGGAUUUCAAGAUCAAGCAGUAGUGGUAGUAUAGCAACCGAUGAAUGUCUUUUCGAGCAACCAGAACCCCUGAAUCUUAGCAGUUCUGUCAUGGAGAGAAUUAUUAGGCGAAGAAACUUGCAGCUUCAUGAUCAGCAGCUUGCUUGGGAGGAAUGCCCGGACGGAAGGAAAAUGCUGGAGUUCCGCCAAAGCCUUCCAGCAUAUAAGGACAGAGACGCACUGAUAACAGCUAUAACGUAUAAUCAGGUUAUCAUUGUCUCUGGGGAAACAGGCUGUGGUAAAACUACACAAAUUCCACAGUUUAUUUUGGAGUCCGAAAUAGAAUCUGGCCGUGGAGCUUUAUGCAGUAUUAUAUGUACUCAGCCAAGAAGAAUCUCAGCAAUGUCAGUGGCCGAAAGGGUUGCCAUAGAGCGGGGAGAGAAAUUGGGAGAAUCUGUUGGUUAUAAAGUUCGGCUGGAGGGGAUAAAAGGGAGAGAUACGAGGCUUCUGUUUUGCACUACAGGCAUCUUAUUGCGAAGAUUACUUGUUGAUAGGACUUUGAAGGGCAUAACUCAUGUUAUUGUGGAUGAAAUUCAUGAACGUGGGAUGAAUGAAGAUUUUCUUCUUAUUGUGCUGAAAGAGCUACUUUCUCAUAGACCGGAGUUAAAGUUGAUUUUGAUGAGUGCGACAUUAGACUCUGAGCUAUUCUCUUCUUAUUUUGGUGGUGCUCCUGUGGUGAACAUCCUGGGAUUCACCUAUCCUGUUCAAACUCAUUUCCUAGAAGAUAUAUUGGAGAAGUCUGGAUAUAAAAUGACUCCUUACAAUCAAAUAGAUGAUUAUGGGCCUGAUAGAUCAUGGAAGAUGAACAAACAAGGCAUAAGGAAAAGAAAGAGUCAAAUUGCCUCUGUUGUCGAGGAUGCUCUUGCUGCUGCUGAUUUCAGGGAGUACAGUACACAGACUAGGGAAUCUUUAUCUUGUUGGAAUCCAGAUUCUAUGGGGUUUAAUCUUAUUGAAAAUCUGUUGUACAAUAUUUGUGAAAAUGAAGGGCCUGGUGCUGUGCUAGUUUUCAUGACCGGAUGGGAUGACAUAAGCUCACUCAAGGACAAACUCCAAGCUCAUCCCAUCUUAGGAGAUCCAAGUAGAGUAUUGUUGCUUGCUUGCCACAGUUCUAUGGCAAGUUCGGAACAGAGGUUAAUUUUUGAGAAACCAGAAGAUGGAGUGCGGAAAAUAGUGCUGGCUACUAAUAUUGCGGAGACCAGUAUCACAAUUGAUGAUGCAGUUUUUGUUGUUGACUGUGGGAAGGCAAAGGAGACAUCAUAUGAUGCGUUAAAUAAUACUCCUUGCUUGCUUCCUUCAUGGAUUUCAAAGGUUUCUGCACAACAGAGAAGAGGAAGGGCUGGUCGUGUACAACCGGGAGAAUGUUACCAUCUCUAUCCAAGAUGUGUGUAUGAUGCUUUUACAGAGUACCAGCUUCCAGAAAUCCUGAGGACACCUUUGCAGUCUCUCUGUCUGCAGAUCAAAAGUUUAAAACUCAGCAGUAUCUCUGAGUUCCUGUCCAGAGCUCUACAGUCACCCGAGCUAUUGGCGGUCCAAAAGGCUAUAGAAUAUUUGAAAGUCAUCGGGGCAUUGGAUGCAAACGAGAAUCUCACUGCCCUAGGUCGCUACUUGACAAUGUUGCCAAUGGAGCCAAAACUUGGGAAAAUGCUUGUAUUAGGUGCUAUAUUUUGCUGUCUGGAUCCUGUGUUGACCAUUGUUGCUGGCCUCAGCGUAAGAGAUCCUUUUCUGACACCCAUGGACAAGAAAGAUCUUGCAGAGGCUGCUAAAGCUCAGUUCUCUCGUGAUUUUAGUGACCAUCUUGCACUUGUUCGUGCCUAUGACGGCUGGAAGAGUGCCGAGAAAGAGUAUGGUGGUUAUGACUACUGCUGGAAAAAUUUUCUAUCAAUACAGUCAAUGAAAGCUAUUGAUUCUCUUCGGAGGGAAUUCUAUACAUUAUUGAAGGAUACCGGAUUAGUUGAUGAUAAACCGUCUUCCUUCAACGGAUGGAGCCACGGCGACAAGCUUGUCCGUGCAGUUAUAUGCUACGGAUUGUAUCCAGGAAUCUGCUCUGUUUUGCACAAUGAGAAAUCAUUAUCCUUAAAGACGAUGGAGGAUGGUCAGGUGCAUCUGCAUUCGAAUUCUGUCAAUGCUCGUGAUGCAAAAAUUCCAUAUCCAUGGCUAGUGUUCAAUGAGAAAAUAAAAGUCAAUUCAGUCUUCCUCCGAGAUUCAACUGCAGUGUCAGAUUCAGUAGCGUUACUGUUUGGAGGAAACAUUGUCAAAGGGGAAACGGAUGGACAUCUGAAAAUGUUAGGAGGAUACUUGGAAUUUUUCAUGAAACCUGGUAUGGCGGAAACAUACUUGAACCUAAAGAGGGAACUGGAGGAUUUUAUACAGCUCAAACUUGUAAAUCCCAGGAUGGACACACAUGCUUAUCAGGACCUUCUGUUUGCCGUGAGGCUUCUUGUUUCAGAGGACAAAUGUGAUGGUCGGUUUGUGUUUUGCCACCCGAAUCUAAAGCCUACAAUUACUAAAGCAUCCGUCUCACCAGUGGUACACACUUUGUCUUCUAGAACUCAAAGUGGACCUGGUGGUGAUAACUCGAAGAGUCAGCUUCAAACCUUAGUUACUAGGGCAGGGUAUACAGCUCCUACGUAUGAAGUGAAGCAACUGUCAAAUAGUCAGUUCAGAGCUACUGUUGAGUUCAAUGGAAUGCAGAUCAAUGGGCGACCUUGCAACAACAAGAAGAGUGCAGAGAAAGAUGCAGCUUCUGAAGCUCUAGAGUGGCUAAUGGGUGGGACCCAGAUGGGUAAUGAGUAUGUUAAUCACAUGUCAAUGCUGCUGAAAAAGAGCAAGAGGAGUCACAACUAACGCUUGACAUGUACUGCUGCAUUGGUAGGUUGUAAGGUGAUUUGGGUUGAGUCUGAAAGUUCACCAGUCUGCUUUUGGUUCUCAACAUAAUGGUGAAGGAAUACCAUGGGAGUGCUUGCUUAUGAUCAAGGUGGAAACAUUGGUGGGGUUCAGGGGUAUUAAUUUCAAGAACCUGGAAAAAUUGGAGGGCACAGAUGACAAUUAUGUAUACAAAAACCUGGGGAUGAGUUUUCUUUAUAACUUCCAGAUGCUAGAUGGCCACCGGGCUGCUAUUCAUUGGCUGUAUAUUUUUGAGGCUGGGGAUGAGGGGCUGAAAUGGGUGGGAAGAGAGAUUAGCUUCAUUCCUUGGCGGUAAAUGUUGCCCCAUUUUAGGAUUUUUGUCACAACAAAGUGGAAAUCUGAUUCUGUAGUGUAUAUUACUUUAGGACAAGACUUAGGAACUGGUACUAGUAAUCAUUCCAUCUGUACAAAAUUUGAUAUUUGCCUCAGUAUAAUAUCAAUGUACCUAUGAAUGUAAGGACUAAGGAGAGUGAUUGCUCCUACUCCUUUUAACUGUAUCAUCUAAGGGCUUGUUUGGUAUAAAUGUUGGACAGGGAGUGAAAUGGAAACAAAUAAGAAGAGGAAAAGGUGACUUUAACUAUUAUCAU